AAGUUUAUGGUGAGGAGACGGUGGAGGCCGGGGAACGGCGGAGGCGCUGGCGUUGGCGGCGUCGUUGAGCUUGGGCCUGGGCCGCCAGCCCACUGCGGGACCGGGCAGCGGGACCCUGGGCCGAGGCUGGCUGCGGGGCGGCUGGAGGGAAGGGAUGGGAGCUCCAGAAAGGAGGCUGGGGGUUGCGGAGCGGACCCAGGGGUGGGGGCAGCAGCUCCGCCAUCUUGUGGAUGAGAGGCCAAGUGACAGCGGGAGCUUAAUCGAGGAGGGGGCUCCAGGCGGCGCGCGGGGCCCUGGAGGGAAAGGGGCGUGGGGACUGUUACUGAAAAGCGGAGGAAGCUCUCUGGAGAAACGCCGUGAGGCCGCUGACGGGGCCUUCCUGGUGUCCGGGUUACCGUGCUCUAUGCCCAGGUCUCUGUGGCUGGGCUGCUCCAGCCUGGCGGACAGCAUGCCUUCGCUGCGAUGCCUGUAUAACCCAGGGACUGGCGCACUCACAGCUUUCCAGAAUUCCUCAGAGAGAGAAGACUGUAAUAAUGGCGAACCCCCUAGGAAGAUAAUACCAGAGAAGAAUUCACUUAGACAGACGUACAACAGCUGUGCCAGACUCUGCUUAAACCAAGAAACAGUAUGUUUAGCAAGCACUGCUAUGAAGACUGAGAAUUGUGUGGCCAAAACAAAACUUGCCAAUGGCACUUCCAGUAUGAUUGUGCCCAAGCAACGGAAACUCUCAGCAAGCUAUGAAAAGGAAAAGGAACUGUGUGUCAAAUACUUUGAGCAGUGGUCAGAGUCAGAUCAAGUGGAAUUUGUGGAACAUCUUAUAUCCCAAAUGUGUCAUUACCAACAUGGGCACAUAAACUCGUAUCUUAAACCUAUGUUGCAGAGAGAUUUCAUAACUGCUCUGCCAGCUCGGGGUUUGGAUCAUAUUGCUGAGAACAUUCUGUCAUACCUGGAUGCCAAAUCACUAUGUGCUGCUGAACUUGUGUGCAAGGAAUGGUACCGAGUGACCUCUGAUGGCAUGCUGUGGAGGAAGCUCAUCGAGAGAAUGGUCAGGACAGAUUCUCUGUGGAGAGGCCUGGCAGAACGAAGAGGAUGGGGACAGUAUUUAUUCAAAAACAAACCUCCUGACGGGAAUGCUGCUCCCAACUCUUUUUAUAGAGCACUUUAUCCUAAAAUUAUACAAGACAUUGAGACAAUAGAAUCUAAUUGGAGAUGUGGAAGACAUAGUUUACAGAGAAUUCACUGCCGAAGUGAAACAAGCAAAGGAGUUUACUGUUUACAGUAUGAUGAUCAGAAAAUAGUGAGCGGCCUUCGAGACAACACAAUCAAGAUCUGGGAUAAAAACACAUUGGAAUGCAAGCGAAUUCUCACAGGCCAUACAGGUUCAGUCCUCUGUCUCCAGUAUGAUGAGAGAGUGAUCAUAACGGGAUCAUCGGAUUCCACAGUCAGAGUAUGGGAUGUAAAUACAGGUGAAAUGCUAAACACUUUGAUUCACCAUUGUGAAGCAGUUCUGCACUUGCGUUUCAAUAAUGGCAUGAUGGUGACCUGCUCCAAAGAUCGUUCCAUUGCUGUAUGGGAUAUGGCCUCCCCAACUGACAUUACCCUCCGGAGGGUGCUGGUCGGACACCGAGCUGCUGUCAAUGUUGUAGACUUUGAUGACAAGUACAUCGUUUCUGCAUCUGGGGAUAGAACUAUAAAGGUGUGGAACACAAGUACUUGUGAAUUUGUAAGGACCUUAAAUGGGCACAAACGAGGCAUUGCCUGUUUGCAGUACAGGGACAGGCUGGUAGUGAGUGGCUCAUCUGACAACACUAUCAGAUUAUGGGACAUAGAAUGUGGUGCAUGUUUACGAGUGUUAGAAGGCCAUGAGGAAUUGGUGCGUUGUAUUCGAUUUGAUAACAAGAGGAUAGUCAGUGGGGCCUAUGAUGGAAAAAUUAAAGUGUGGGAUCUUGUGGCUGCUUUGGACCCCCGUGCUCCUGCAGGGACACUCUGUCUACGGACCCUUGUGGAGCAUUCCGGAAGAGUUUUUCGACUCCAGUUUGAUGAAUUCCAGAUUGUCAGUAGUUCACAUGAUGACACAAUCCUCAUCUGGGACUUCUUAAAUGAUCCAGCUGCCCAAGCUGAACCCCCCCAUUCCCCUUCUCGAACAUACACCUACAUCUCCAGAUAAAUAACCAUACACUGACCUCAUACUUGCCCAGGACCCAUUAAAGUUGCGGUAUUUAACGUAUCUGCCAAUACCAGGAUGAGCAACAACAGUAACAAUCAAACUACUGCCCAGUUUCCCCGGACUAGCCGAGGAGCAGGGCUUUGAGACUCCUGUUGGGACACAGUUGGUCUGCAGUCAGCCCAGGACGGUCUACUCAGCACAGCUGACUGCUUCAGUGCUGCUAUCAGAAGAUGUCUUCUAUCUUUUGUGAAUGAUUGGAACUUUUAAACCUCCCCUCCUUUCCUCCUUUCACCUCUGCACCUAGUUUUUUCCCAUUGGUUCCAGACAAAGGUGACUUAUAAAUAUAUUUAGUGUUUUGCCAGAAUCUCUCUUGCUUUGCCAUUAAGCAGAAGAACUAGUUUCCCUGUAUAGCCUGCUGGGAGAGACCCACUUCUAGGGGAUGGGGGAUGCAGCUUCAAGCCAGACAGUGCCCAGUGUCUCCCUGUUAACUGCAGGAAUGCCAAGCACCUGGCCAGAGCAGCUCAGCCCCAAUAUGCUUAGGAGGAGACAGAGCUCCCUCUGUAUAGCCUCUGGGGCAAGAAAACACACAAGAAUGUAUACACUGGAAGAUUUGGGCCUCCUGCCUACCUUCUCUUUGUUUCUGUUCCUCUUCCCAUCUACUCCCCUAUGCCCCUUCGACCUUUUUUCUCUGUCUGCUUCACCUGAGAAGAAAGUGUAUAAAGAGAGUGUCCUCCUCUAGCAUGAGCCAGAUCAGCCAGAAAAUGCAACACUUGGAAGAGUUAAAUGCUGUUCAGUGAAGAUUUCAGCCCCAGGCCUUUGCUGCAAGUGACCCUGUGGCAACAGUGGAUUCUCAGACAUGAUACUCUCAUCAUAUUUGCAACUCUUCUCUCUCUCUCCCCCACACCCAAGAGGAGGACUGGCAGUGGGGGGGCAGGCAGAAGGGGUGGGGAGAAGUUUCCUGGGCUCCAUCAGUGGCUGCGUCUUUUCUGGACUCAGCAGUCUCCUUGAUUCCAUGUAGAGUGUGGAAAGGAGUUGCUGAUUGCAUUUCCUCUCAUUAACAAUUAGGUGUGUAAUAAAAAGCAUUGUACUUCAUCUUAAA